UGCGGACAUUGCGGCUCUUCACUGCAGUUAACGGCAGUUGACUAGAGCCAAAAUGGCUCCUGUAGUUAGCUUGACAAGAACCGUUUGGGGAGGGAUAAAUGGAUAUCCAAUGAAAGCGAGACGUACGCUAAAAAUAUUGCGGAAAUAACAUUCACACGCCUGCAUUUUGGUUGAAAUUGUUUUUGUUUUACCGACUUCUUACAGCAGCUACAGCUAACGAUAGCUAGGAAACAAGAGCUAGCUAUGCGCCUGUUUUUAUAAAGGUAGCUAGUUGCUAAGAUAUUUAUAAGUGGAUUCAAACUGACAGCGUACAGUAAGGAUGGCUCAGUGGGAGAGACUGAGGCAGCUGCCUGCUGCGUACCAGCAGCAGCUACAUGAGCUCUAUGACAGGGAUGAUUUGCCCAUGGAUGUUCGGCACUACCUGUCAGCCUGGGUGGAGAAGCAGGACUGGCAACGAGCAGCGCGGGACCAUACCAAGGCUAUGAUGCUGUUCCAGGUCCUGCUGGAGAAUCUGGAUAUCCAACACAGCCGCUUUGUUCAAGAGGAGUCAUUCUUGAUGCAGCACAACAUUAGACGCUAUAAACAGAACUUUCAGAGGUUCCUGGAUGACCCGUGUGCCUUGGCGAGCACAAUUCUGUGGUAUUUGGGAAAAGAGAAUGGAAUUCUGCAGGAUGCUGCUCUGGCUGAGCAGGUCCAGCUUUUGCAAGUGGAGCAGGAAGCCAUGGAGACAAGCAGCCAGCAGGACCUUGAACGUAAAUUGGUUGGCCUCAGGAAUGAAGUGCAGUGCAUGGAACAUACAAUGUUAUGUCUGGAGGAGCAGCAAGAUGAGUUUGAUUUUAAAUACCAAACCAACAAGAUGGAAGCUGUGGUAGAUGAGGCUGUGAAGAAAGAACAAAUAAAAGUUCUUCAGAUACUUGUCAACAGACUGGAUGAAUGUAGAAAGAGCACACUUUCAGAUCUAAAUAAGCUCCUGGACAGGGCUGAGGAUUUUGUCGACAUAUUGGUGAAGAAGGAGCUGGUGGAGUGGCAGAGGAGGCAGCAGAAAGCCAGCAUUGGUGCCCCAGAUAAUGUUUGCCUGGAUCAGCUAGAGAAGUGGUUCACCUGUGUGGCAGAGUGUCUGUUCCAGGUGCGGGAGUUUCUGGGUAAACUGGAGGAGCUGGUAGGAAAAGUGUCCUAUGAAAACGACCCUUUGAAGACUCAAAAACCCAUAAUGCAGAGGAGAGCAGAUACUCUUCUAAAAGACUUACUCAAGAGUUCCUUUGUGGUUGAGACUCAGCCAUCCAUGCCUCAGGGGAAAGGACCCCUGGUGCUCCGCACAAACGUCCAGUUCUCUGUCAAGACCAGGCUUCUUGUUAAGUUUCCUGAGCUGAAUCACUCCAUGAAAGUGGAUGUAUCCAUGGACAGGGAGGCUCCUCAGAUCAAAGGAUAUCGGAGAUUUAAUGUCCUGGGGAACAAAAGUAAGGCCUUGAACAUGGCAGAGAGCCAGAGUGGAGGCAUGGUGGCAGACUUCAGACAUCUUACUCUGAAGGAGCAGAAGUCUGGAGGUGGCGGCAAAGGAGUCAGUGAUAUUUCCCUCAGUGUGACAGAGGAGAUGCACAUCAUCUACUUCAACACUGUAUUUGAGCUGAAAGGAUUGACCGUUCCAUUGCAGGCCUCCUCCAUCCCGGUGGUUAUCAUCUCCAACUCCAGCCAGCAGCAGAGUGCCUGGGCGUCUGUACUCUGGUUUAAUAUGAUCAGUCUGGACACCAAGGAUGCCAUGUUCUUUGCCAACUCUCCUGCAGCGUCAUGGCCACAGUUUGGAGAGAUGUUGAGCUGGCAGUUUCUCUCUGCCACUAAACGCGGUCUGAAUGAGGAUCAGUUGGAAAUGAUUGCACGCAGACUGUUUGGAAAUCAGCAGAACUAUGACACCUGCAAAGUAACUUGGUCAAAAUUCAGCAAGGAAAAUACUCCUGACACUUUCUGGGUGUGGUUUGAUGGCAUCUUGGUGAUGGUGAAGACAUACCUUGAAGACCUGUGGAGGGAUGGCCUCAUCAUGGGUUUUGUGAGCAAAGGCAAAGAGAAGUCCCUCCUGAAGAAGAAAAAGAGAGGGACAUUCUUGUUGCGCUUCAGUGAAAGUGUCAUUGGAGGAAUCACCUUCUCCUGGGUGGAAACCACCAUAACUGGUGCGCCUGACGUGAAGACGGUCCAGCCCUUCACCAAAGUUGACCUCUGCCAGAUCCCCUUCCAGGAAAUCAUCAGAAACUACCAGAUCUUAGAAGCUGAAAACAUCCCAGAAAACCCUCUGCUUUAUCUUUAUCCUGACACCCCUAAAGACGAGGCCUUUGGAAAAUACUACUCUGAGAAGACUGGAAAUGACAGUCCUUAUAUAAAGUACAUCAAAACCAAGCUGAUGUUCGUUUCAAAGGAGAACACACUGGCGGCUAGGUCACCCAUGCCCUCUGACAUGGCACAGGGUGAAUGCCUGGAGUCAAUGAAUGGCCUGUAUGGAGAGGCAGCUGAACAAGACGGGACUCAUCCUCUGCAGUCACCUCUGGAAACGUAUGACCCUGAUCCCAUGCUGUCUGGUGCUAUUGCAUCCACAGAGGAUGAUUUACGCAAGUAUCUUGAAAACCCCAACAUCUUCAUGGACUUGCACGAUGAGCCGGGGCUGCCUGAUCUCAGUCUGACAGGGUUUAAUUCCCUGCCCCAACAAUCCUGUGGAAGCAUUUUCCAGUAAGCCACUGUUGUGAAUAUUUAACCAAACCACUUCAUUAUUCAUUUAAAGCUUUACUUUUAGUUUCAUACAUUACAACAUCAAUGCUAUUGAUUGGUAACAUACGUAGCAAAUCCACUGUGAAGUUAUUAGUUUGCUUUUUUAUUAUGACAUACUUGACAGCCCCACUUUUAAUCUAAUUUAGAUGCUUUUUGUAAUUCCCUUUUAUCAUGUUGUCUAGUGAGACUAUUUGAUCGCACAAAAGAGGUAAUUGAAUUAGCUGGACUCCUAUCCACUCCAUUAGUGUCUCAGGCACUUGUACUAGAGCCCCCAAUUGUUGCACAUCCUUAAAUCAGAAUCUUGUUUUUUUUUUUUUGGCUUCUAAGGAAUAAAAUUGAACUGACUUUGUGAGUAGGUGGGAAAAUGAUCAUAUAAGGUAUUGUAGAGAACAUUGCGCAGACUGCACAUAAUUUAUUGUUUCACUGUGAGUCCCUUUGUGGUUGCUAUAAUGUUGUGACCAAUUGUACUGACAUAUGGCACUUGAUAUGCUUUUAUAUUAAACUGCUCAUUUAAAUAAAAAUAAAAAUGUAUCACCAAUAAAA